AACUGUUUAUGCUUUACGUGGCUAACGCUAGCUAAGUAAUCUCAAUGUUGGUCUUCCUGGUGCUGCUGCAGGGUUGAUAUCUGCCUGGUUAGCAAGCGAUCGAAAUAGGUCUGAAAAUGAGCUCCAAAGACGAUGCUCGCACCCUGGUAUUGGAGGAGCAAGUGAAGACUUUAUCAGAUGAGCUUUUGCAAUGCCAGGCAGACAAGGAGUUUGUGUGGUCUCUGUGGAAAAGGCUGCAAGUGGCAAAUCCAGACUUGACCCAGGCUGUCAGUUUGGUGGUUGAGCGUGAGAAGCACAAAGCUGAGAUUAAGGACAGGAAAGUGUUGGAGAUCCUUCAGUCUAAAGACUACAAGAUUCAAGAGUUGGAACAGAGAGUGACCGGGCAGCAGCAGGAGAUUAACGGCUUAUUACAAAGGAGGACGGCGGAAGAGGAGAGUGAUUUAAUGAAGAAGGAGCUGACAGCUCUGCGUGAACAACUGGUCAAUAAGAGUCAGGAACUUGAGGAAAUGAAGACAAAAUGUAGGAGGAAAGAGGAGGAGGAGCGGCAGGUGGUGCAGGCUCUAGAGGAGGAGAAAGAGGGAUUAGCUUCCCGCUGCGCCGCCCUGCAAGCUGACCUGGAGGAGAAGCAGAGGCAGGCCAACAGCCAACGAGACCAGAGGGAUGCUGCCCAGACCAGAAUAAAGGAUCUAGAGGAGAAACUGCACAACACCUGUCAGGAGCUGACUGCCUUGCAGAGCCACAGUAGCAGCCUAGAAGCUCUGCUUUCCUCCAAAGACACAGAGUUGGCAACUAAACAUGAACAACUUGAUCGCCUUUGUCGUGAUUUUGCAGAAGUGCAGACGCUGUACAGACGGAGCACAGAGCAUGCAGCGGAGCAGAGCCACCUGAUUAAGCAACUGGAAGGACUCAACCUCGACACACAGCGAGUUCUGCGGAACCAAGAAGAGGCUCACUCUGCUGACGCUACCUCCUAUCAGCAGCUAUACAAAGAGUUGAGUCAGUGCUACCAGGCUCUCGUGUCUAGUGAGGCCAAGCUCCGCCAGAGUCACCAGGAGCUGAGCAGCCAGCUGGCGCAGAAAGACCAACAGAUCUUAGAACUCCAAGCUGACCUACAACAGCAGCAGCAGGAACAAAUACAACUUCAACAGGAGCUGCAGCGGCAACAACAGCCUCAGCUAACAGCCAUUUACCCCUCUCCACAAAAACAAACCAACUUUAAGGCGCUGGUGUCAGAGCAGGUUGGUGCGGUAGCCCAGAAGUCUAGCCCUGACCAGGCCUCUACUCGAGGUUCAUAUCCCAGGCCAGAGGGUAGUACUUUCCAUCAGAGAUCUGCCAGUUCCAUUAGAAGACAACAGGGUGCACCAGUGCAGCGGUCCAGGUCCCUGUCUCCAGCUGGCAGCGUCGGGUUCGGAAGUGAGAGGAGAAAAGAGGCAGAAGAGAGGAUUCAAGACCUCGAGGAGCUGCUGCAAUUGAAGAUGGAGGAAAAUGAAGAGCUGAGGAGAGCUCACGAUAAACGUCGUGAACGCCUGCGUUUGAUUCAGACCAACUACAAGGCAGUCAGAGAUCAGCUGAAAGAGAUGGAGAAAUCAAAUGGCAUGCCAGGUGGAAGGAUACAGCGUGCAGCGCCGUGGCAGCUGCGGCAAGAGGACAGUGAUGCUGUAUGGAAUGAGCUGGCCUACUUGAAAAACCUCACCAGAAAACUCUCUAUUGAAAAAGCUGGCUUGGAAGAAGAGCUUGACAUGCUGCGAGUCCAGGCUGCUAUGGACCGGGCCACAGUAAAGGAACUCCACCUCUGUCUUGCAAACAAACACCAAGAAUUACUUCACAAAAUGGUUGAGGAGCACCAGGUCAAAAGCAGCACUCCGAAAAAGCCUUCUCUUCUUUCAGGUCGAAUGGAGCAGUCAUUGAAAAAGAUUGAUCAACUGGAGCAAAGAAUGAUAAGCAUGGAGGAGCAGACAGAAAGGCUGAAAGAUGAAAAAGAGCAGCUACUCGAAGUCAAUGAAGACUUGACCCACAACUGCCGCAAACUCCAAGCCUCUUUGGAUCAUCAAAGAACUCAAGAAACUGCUCGUGAAAAGGCAGCCCGUGCACAGGCCGUGGCUCAGGAGGAGCAGCACUGUAGUGAGAUCAAGGCUCUAGAAGCACAGCUGGCCUCAUCUCAGAAAGAGGCUACCAAGCUUCAUCAGCAGUUGCUGAAGCUGAGACAGGAGCUGGGGAUUCUCAGAGCGGCCAAGGACUUCUAUAGGAAUCGUGCUGCAGGACCGAUGCGGGCAGGUGGGAUCACUAACAGCAUUAGCAGCAAGGUCAAAUUCAAAACAACCAGGCACAGAGUUCUGCUACGGCAGCGCAGCCACCAAAGAGUCGGCGCCAAUCAAGCCAUCAGCUGGCAAGGCCCAAGCUCCAGUGCCGCUAAAGACGAGUGGGAGGACAUGAGCGUAGAAAGUGAUAGUGCAGAGGAGUACUCGGACAGUCUCAACAGCCUGCCCUCGGCGACCGUGCCUCACAGACAGCACACUAAUAGACAGUCCUACAGGUGUUCGCCGAUCUCAAACACCGAAGCACCAGCGGCAGAAUCUCACAGAAAACAACCCGACAUUCUGGCCCGAGACGAUAAACAGCGUGAGCCGUGGGAACGCGGGACAAGAGGAGAGAAAAGUCGGCAGAGGAGGAAGAGGAUGCUUGUGAAGACCCAGCGCUGCUCCUCCUCUUCUCUGCAGCAGCGCAUCGAGUCUCUACAGCAUCACGUUGACAUACUGCGAAGUGCCAGGAAAGAUGCUAUGCUUUCAGCCAGAGAUCUACAAAGGGCCAAUGAGAUGAUCACAGCACAGCUCAACUCCCUCACUGAGAAGCUGUGCAGCAGCAAGCAGCUCACGCAGAAGCUGACCUCUGACCUGGCUGGUGUGCAGCAGCAGAAAAAGGUUUUGGAGAUGGAGUUGGAGCAGUGGAAGCAGAUCAAAUUCCCCCCGCAAACUACAAUACCACCAACAGCACCAGCAAACGCAGAGUGCUCCUGCCAGUGCAGAACCAUACCUGCCCCGGCUAACCCUGCCCUCCAAGCCCUGGAGGCUGAGGUCAAACAACUUCAAGCCAAACUUAAGAGUGCAAGUGCGGAGGUCACGAGGCAGGUGGCGGCUAACAAAGCCCUGCGAGGCCAGCUCCAGGAGAAGGAGGACAAACUCUGCCAGCUGCAGGAUAAGCUGAGCCACACAGAGCGAGAUGUGAACAUGAAAAGGCAGCUGGUGGAGGACCUGAAGACACGACUCAAGUUCCUGCAGGAAAUGGAGAAAAGUUACCGGGGACAGGUGGAGGAGCUAGAAAAGAAGGUGAAGACUUUAUCAGAGGAGGCCAGCAACAGAAAGGCCCUAAUCGAAUCCCUGAAGAGAAGGCUGAAUGUGGCAACAACAGAGAAAAGCCAGUACGAGGCCUCCUGUGCAAAACUGAAAGAGGACUUGGAAAAAAAGGAACAGCGCAUGCAUGCCCUACAGGCUCGUGUGGGAGCUGGUGAACAGGCUUUGGCUGCACUGGAACAGACAGCCACUGAGCAAAUGGAGGGGUUGACCCAGCAGAGCUCCCAUGCCUUGGAAAGGGUUCAGAGGCAGCUAGGCCAGGCCUACUCCCAACUGGAGCAGCUACAUUCUUUUAUCAAGGCCCUGGCCAGUGAAAUACUUUUAGACGUUCAAGAGGUCAAGCAGCAGUUGAUGAAGAGGAGGAGGUUGAGGCAGGCCAACUCUGUGGCAGCAAAGGGCGGCCUCUCAGCCAAGUCUAUGAUCAAAGCCAAGUCCAUUGCUGCCUCCAUCCUCAAUAUGUCAGAGAAUGAUCUCGCAGACAUAAUGGAAACUGAUCAGGGGACGGCAGAUUGCUCAGAGUAUCCCAGAGAUCAGCAGUGGCUGGCCAAUGUAAACCACAUUCUUCAGCAGAAGAUCCCCUCUGCCGGCCAGCUAAUGGAGGCUGUGCGCGUGAAGAUGAAGGAGAGGAAAGUGCUGACAGAAGAGCUGGCCACGCUCGCAACACCAGUCAGCGAAAAAGCCUGACUCCCUGGGCUGAGGCUGGGAAAACUGUCAUCCUCUUCUUUUCCUCCCUCCCUUCUUCUCUCCCUCCUCAGCUCCUACUCGGUGGGAGCCGGGCUGAGCCAAGCUGGGCCGGGGCAGCAGAACCAAUAUUUGUGAGAAAAGCGCUGUCGACUCACUCUGGGCCACUGGCUCAACGCAGCACCCCAGCUUUUGUAAAUGAGCCCUCGACAUCUGUGUUAGCACUCACUGCACUAUGUCUAUCAGACAGGGCCCUUUACUGCCAAGCUAAUUUACAGUGCAGCCACUCUCCUCCGCUCUCAACGCAGACCUGGGGUGAUAAGGCAAAUGCUUACUCUAAUGUUUAAAUUACACUUUUUGAAACUUUCUUUUACCCCUUUCCCUCUAAUUUAUUUGGCACCUCAAGAACUUUUAGGUUGCAGGGACUUGACCUACGCAUGCCUAGUCGACACUUUAGGAAAGUCCAAAGCAAGAGAGAGCAGAAUAUUCACUGCAAGGAGCUCCAGAGUGUAUUACCCUCAGAUCCAGUUCAGUGAUUGAAGCCUCAUCUGUUCCAUUUAUGAAAUGCACUGCGAGUAUUUAUUUCUGAAGGAGAUUGUUAAAGCUUCUAAUCUUUUAUUUUGUUAUGUAAUUAUGUUAAGUAUUGCUUGAUUUUUUUUACCAUUUUGUUUAAUA